GGAAAGACAUGUUCCUUUGACGUAUUACUCUCCUUUAAAAUCAGUUGCACAUCGACAAUAUAGCCAGUGCUUCGCUACGUCUGACAAACGGAACAUCAGUAUUGUUAAUUAUUUCCUACAUAGUCCAUCGGAGUCAUUUAUUUAAGUAGUUAAAACGAGAAAAAUGUCUAAGAUGAUUUCGUUUAGUGGUUGUAAGCGUUCCUUACCAAUGAUUGUGAUCAUUGGUUUAGCAGCAAUAAUUUGUGUCACGUCCGUUGGUGCAGAACUUCGUCAAGUGAACGUGCUAUUUAGACAUGGCGAUAGGACACCGGACCACAGUGUCCAAGAAACGUAUCCGAACGAUCCCUAUCUCAAUUCCAAUUUCUCUCCAAUGGGUCGUGGUCAAUUAACUAACUCGGGCAAAAGGAGAGAAUAUCAACUGGGAAAAGUUCUAAGGCAGAGAUAUUUAAAGUUCUUGGGCUCCACUUACACGCCACGCUCCGUCUGGGGUAUCAGUUCAGAUUAUGAUAGAACCAAAAUGUCAUUGCAACUCGUUCUGGCAGCGCUGUUUCAACCAAACGCAGAACAAAAAUGGAACCCACAAUUAAAUUGGCAACCGAUUCCCACACAGUACAUACGUCGAUACGAAGACAACAUCUUUCUUCCAGAAGACUGUCCUCAAUAUUCAGCUGAAUACGACCGAGUAUUAUAUUCGCCUGAGGGACGCAGAGAAUUGGCAAAAUAUAGUAAAUUUAUGAAACAAUUAACAACGUGGACUGGAAGGAAUAUAACAGAACCCUGGGAUAUGUACAAUAUGUAUCAUUUAUUAAUGGCCGAACAUUCUAUGGGGCUUUCUUUGCCACAGUGGACACACGACAUAUUUCCAUAUGGUGAGCUGUGGAAUGGAACUGUAUUCGCGUACGAUAUUUCUUGUUCUACUCCAUUGCUAAGAAGGCUCUACGCAGGACCGUAUCUUCGACUUGUCACGAAAACCAUGCUGACCUCCAUAACUGGAACAUUAAAGGACGAACGGAAGAUAUACCUGUACAGUGGUCACGAAAACGUUGUCAGCGCCAUUUUGCACGCUUUUCAGGUAUAUCGUCCGCACGUACCCGAAUAUUCCAGCGGCGUGAUAAUGGAACUCCACGAACUAAAUAAUAACUAUUACGUAAAGAUUCUUCAUUAUUUGGGCAUUCCGUCGAAAGUAGAAGAGCUCCGUCUUCCUGGCUGUGAUAUUAUGUGUCCUCUGGACAAAUACUUGGAGCUUACUGAGAAUUUGAUGCCAUCCAAGGAAGAAUUGGUUUGCGACAAGAGAAUAACGCCAGAUUACGCCGAUGAAAAAUCAAACGAAGAAAUAGAUUUGGACAAUUAUAACUUAAUAAGAAAAGCACGAGCCUAUGAUGUUGAAUUUAUUCCUCGUCAAACCAAAGAAAACUGUAUUUUAACGUAUGUUUUUGAGGAUAAUGAAGGAGUAUACGAAGAUGACAGUCUUCGCGUGAAACGUGCGCCCAUAUCAAAAAAAAUGAACAUUGCGGGGAGUUUAACGAUACUUGCUUGUCUAUUUUAUUUUCAACCGUGCGUGGCUGAACUUAAACUUGUACAGGCAGUAUUUAGACAUGGAAACAGAAUGCCUACGGAAGGAAGGACGUUUUAUCCGCACGACCCUUAUGACAGCAAAUCGUACGAACCAGAAGGAUACGGCAGCCUAACAAACGCUGGUAAAAUGUCAUCGUAUAAACUUGGCCAGUACUUUCGAAAAAGAUACGAUAAAUUCUUAGGGCCAAUUUACUCAAAGGAAUUUGUAUGGUUUCGUGCUGACGAAAUAGAGAGAGUGGUAAUGACUGGAGAACUCGUGGCUGCUGGAAUGUAUCCGCCAUGCAAAGAACAAAUGUGGAAUCCUCAGCUAAAUUGGCAGCCUAUACCAGUAUGGGCGCCGCCAUUUGCAACCGAUUAUCUUUACAACGGCCUGUUUUGCACAAAUGCAAAAAAAUGGAGAAAUAAUGUUGAAAAAACGGACAAAGAUAUAGUGAAAUAUGAAAAAGAAAACAGUGAUAUUUAUCGAUACCUAUCGGAGCAUACAGGGAGUAAUAUCACUCAACAAAGGACAUUUAGUUUGCGUCAAACAUUGUACGCGCAGAGAGAUAUUGGUUUAAAAUUGCCCGAAUGGACAAAAAAGGUUUUCCCAGAUGGAAGAUUGGAUGAGCUUGCCACGUAUGAUAUUUUAAUUCGGACUCGUACUCCGGAAUUAAAACAACUAUUAGGUGGAAUAUGGGUUCGUGAAUGGUUGAAAAACGUAGAUAACUAUUUAAAUCAGAUUGAUACGCGAAAAGCAUUUAUGUAUGCUGGCCAUGAAUUAAACAUUGCGGCUAUACUCGUAGUAUUGGACAAUUUCGACUAUGAAAUUCCUUCCUACAGUAGUACUGUCAUGUUUGAAUUACACGAAGUCAAUAAUAAAUAUUACGUGCAGAUACUUUACAGAAAUAACGAUGAUAUAAGAAUUUUGAAAUUACCCGGUUGUGGUAAAGAAAUGUGCUCGUUGGACAAAUUCAAAAACUUCGUAGCACCGGUAAUACCUAAAGAUAUAGCAGCAUUAUGUGGAAAUACCAACGAAAUUAAUUCAGCAAUAAAACAACAAUCUAACUAUUGAAACGAUACUAUUUA